GUGUUAUACCAAAGAAUGAUUAUUUCUGAACAAAGUCUGAAGAGUGACCCAUAUCCUUAUCAGGAAAGAGUUUUCAUAUUUGCAGAUCCAGAUGUGCUCUCCAAGGCUGUAUGCAAUUCACUAGUCACUGAAGCCAAAACUGCUCAGAUGUAUCAGAAUCCCAGAUCGUGCAUGUGCUAUGUGAUAACACGUGCGGUGCAGGCGGCUCUGGGUGAGGACUGUGAUGUUGAAAGUUUCCAGAGGAUCCUUCAGAAUAAGCCCACAGAUGAGCUAGAGCACUGUUUCCGGCAAGUGGUGGCAGCCGUCGAGUGUACAGGAAGUGAGACGAAUGCAGACCGUGGCCGGCACGCUGAGAGGCUGGAGAAAAUCUACAGCAUGGUGCUGAACUCCUCAGCAGGAGGAGGCAGUUCACCAGGAGGGCUCCACGGCACCCCACUGCCCAACCCGAAUAUCAGCUUCCACUUGUGGACUGACGAAGACCAGCUUUGGAAGGAGCUGGUGCUGUUCGUCCGCCCGCUGUCGCAGACUUGCGAGCUGGACUGCCUGAGCCAGGAACUGGACAAUUUUGAGAUCCAGGACAUUGUGUCUGACUGCGAAUGCUGCGAGCAGACCCGCUUCUCUGUGCUCUCCACGGACAGCGGCAUUGAACGGGACCUGCCUGCGGCAGGCGAGGAGCUGCUGCCGCCCAGCAGCACUGACGUGGUGCAUGCCAGGCUCCAGAGGAAGGGCGGCAUUAAGAAAAAGGCAUGCCUUUUGGAGAGCAUGGCCUUGCUGCAAAACAGCUGCAAUGGCCCAGGGGCAAAGCAAUGUGGGAAGCUGCACAGGAAGUCUGACAGCAACAUGGUGCCCAUGCCUCACUUCCACAGACUGUACACUGCCCGGAUUGUGGUUCUGGGGGAUGACAGGGUCUUGGGGCGACUGGCCCAAACCUAUUACUCACUGAGGAAACGAGAAACCAGACGUGUUUUCCUGACGCCAAGGCUGAACCUGCAGUUUUAUUAUGUCCCUGUUAUGGAGGGACAGCCAAACACCUGGCCCACUCAGGAUCAUACUACGCCUGGCCAGAUGGAGCUCUGUGAGUUGGCUGUGUAUCUGGGCAAAGCUGACCCUUGGUAUGAGAGCAACAUCAACACACUGUGUCACAUGAUCCCCAAGCUGGCCACCAUGCCCUCCUCCCUGAGCACGCACCCCAUGUCUGACCCAUUCAUUAUUGAUGUGAUCGCUUACUACGUGCGCCUGGGCAUCCAGCCAGUCUAUUUCCAGGUCUAUGCUGUUAAGAUUUUCUUCAGCAACGAGGCUCAGGAGCCAGCAGAGGACGUGUUCCUCACCGAGCUGAGUGCCAAGGUGCAAGAUUGCAAAGCUCCCAAAGACCAUAUGCAGACAAAGAAGAAAACAACGCUGGAAGUCCCCGGGGCAGAUCUCGCAGUAACGUAUCGCAAGGUUUUGCUGAGUAAUCGGAAGAAGGAGGUAGAAGUCUUGCUGCGAUCUACCGGCCUGGUGAUGAAAGCCAUUCCCUCCAGUGAAACAGAAGAUCUGGCGUGCUUGAAUGUAAAUAUUGCUGAAGUCGUCAAAACCUCCAACCUGUCGGGAAGAUCAUUUUCUUCAGCAACAAACAAGAUCAGAACACGUAAUAUCAAAAUCCAGAGCAUGGAACAAAGGACCUUCAACCUAUGCCUGGACAAGGACUUCAGAAGGACCUACACGAACGUGGUCGGUGUGGAAGUUUCUCCUUGCCUGGAACCCAGCUAUUGCUUGCAAAAGACAAGGACAAUGAAAUUCAGCCUGCAUGAACCGGAGGAUGUGGGACUGGCCAAAUACAUGCCCAAAUCUUUGCUAUUGCCCAUCAACACAUUUGCAGGCAUCAUCCAGUGA